GGUCUGUGCCCCGGGUUUUGUCUGUUCACUUUGCAUGUGGGAAGGGGGUACGGGGAGGGGUGAUGGGGUCCUGGCGCCUUUAAGAGCUAGGUGUGUCACGUGGGGUUCCGGUCCCAGCCGGGUGGGUGGAGGUCUCAGGAUUAGCCUGGUGUAAUGGGAUGCGGCCCCUUUAAGAGGGCCAGGGGCGUGGCUGGGAGGUGCCCCUCCCAGGGGCGGGGUCCCGAUGUGGCCGCUCCCACAGCCUGGUUUUUUCAGCAGUGUGGGCUGCGCGCCGCCGCCGCCGCCUGCCGGACGCGGCCCCGGGCCCUGCCAGACUCGCUCCCUCGGGCCGGCCGACGGCUGUGACCCCGUGAGUUCCGCGUCUCCAGUGGACCCAGCCCAGGCGAGCUGUCUUUUACCCCGGGAGCGGCCGCACAGGAAAAGUGGCCGGGAAGAGGCGUGGUCCCCGUAGAAAAGGGACGCCCCAAAGAUGUGUCGUCCCCAGGGCGACAGUUGUGUCCCAAAUCCGGGCUACGAAGUUCGUUCUGAGCCUACAGGCGUCCUGUUGUCCCGCGGAGGGCGCGGCUCAACGAGGGCCCGGAGGGGCGUGGCAGGACAUGCAAAUCACUAGGCGCGUGCGGGGGUGCGACCCAGGCUCGUCAGGGGCCAGGAGAGCGCGGGGCCGCAUCGUUAAAGCACUGGACUAGGGACGGGGCCAGGUUCUCUAAGGAGGAAGAGUAGCGGGGCCGCACUUGUAAAUCAUUAGGGGGCGGAGCCAAGCUCGCUAAGAGGCCAGAAGAGGCGGGGCCGCACCUGUAAGGUAUUUGGAUUGGGGGCGGGGCCGCAUAUGUAAAUUACGGGGGCCGGCGUCGGGGGCCACAGAUAAAAACCGCUUGGCUCCAAGGGUCAGGUGCCCCGGGGGCACCGCGGAGGGCUGUCACGCGCGCGAGGUGCUUUCCAGGUGGGGAAAGGCCUGAGCCUCGCCCGUGACGUCACAGCGGCGCCUGGCGCCCGUGCCGGCAGGACUGACCCAGGUGCGGAACGGCUUGAGCGGGGCGAGCGCGCCAGCCGCGCCGCACUCCCAUGGCGGCGGCCGGAGAGCCGGAGCCGCCCGUGGAGGCCCCCGUCGCGGAGCCCGCGCCGCCGCCGGCCUGCCCCUUCUUCCUGGAGGGCCGCUGCCGCUUCGGUGCCCGCUGCCGCCAGCCCCACCCCGGGGCGCCGGCGCCGCCGCCGCCGCAGCCUAGAGGCGAGCCCGAAGCCGAGGCCAAAGCCAAGAAGCCGCCGCUGCGCACGGCUGCGGCCGUCAUCCAGCGCAUCCGCUGGGACCCGCGCCUCGACCCGGCCGACUUCUCCGUGGGCUACGUCGACCGCUUCCUGGGCGUGCGCGAGGAGCCCUUCCUUUCCUUCUGCUGGGACGAGCCUCUGCCGGCGCUCGGGCCGGGCGUCCUGGCCGUGCCGCAGCACCGGCUGCGCUACUUCCGCUUCCGCGGUCGUCUGGUGUGGGACCGCGCCUCGCGUACGGACCUCGUCUUCGGCUCGGGCUUGGCUGCGGGCCGCGGGUCCACCAUCCUGGACGCGCUCGACAGCGGGGACGCGCACCAGACCGGGCCUGCGAGCGACGGCGAGUACGUGCACGGAGCCGGAGGUGAGAGCGACGGCGUGGACGCGCACGGGACCGGGGGCGCGCACGACGGCGGAGACAGGGGCGGGGACGUGGAUGGGACCGGGACCGGGCACGAGAGUGACGGCGAGGACGCGUACGGGGCCGAAGGUUCGCUCGGCGGUGGGGACACGGCCGGGGCCGGAGGUGCACUGGACGGCGUAGCCGCGACCCGCCUUGGCACCGGUGCGGGAGGGCGCGUACAGCCAGCUUGGACGGGACUCCGGGCCGCCUUGGCCUCGGAUGGCGGAGGCCCCGAAGCUGGGCGCCUGGCGUUGGCGGGGACAUUAUCGAGGGUCCAGGAGCCGGAGUUGGGCGGCCCUGGGGGCCAAGGUUCCCCGUGGAUGCAGCCAAGAAGGGCGCUGAAGCCAGCCGCCGCCGCUGCCGGAGACCUGGAGCCCCCGGGUGGGGAGCUGCCGGCUGUGGUAGCCCCGGGAAGGCCCUCGGAAGGCCUCUCUGAGACGGAAGUGGAGUGGGGUCCCGGGGUGUGGCCUGUGGACGGUGGAACAGCCGGGGCCGUGGGCCCUCGCCAGCCCCGCCCCACGCACUUCGUGGCCCUCAUGGUGACAGAGGCUGAGCUGCAGGCCGGGGUGGCCAAGGUCCAAGAAGAACUGGUACGAAAUGCACCAGCUUGCGCGGCGUUCACAGUGCCUGCUCAGGCCCUGCACCUGACAGUGGCGCUGCUGAGGCUGGCGGGCCCCGGGGAGGUGGCGGCUGCGGUCGACGCACUCAGGGGCGUGCUCUCGGACCCCGGGCUUCAGGUCCCUCCGAGGCUGAGGUUUAGGCGCCUGGUGUUCCUGGGCUCUCGUGUGCUCUGUGCCCCCCCCCACCCCCCUUUGGAGAACAUGGCCCAAGUGCUCAGCCAGAGGCUGGAGGCCGAGGGGCUGAGCGUGCUGCAGCCCUGCAGGGGGCUACACCCCCACCUCACCCUGGCCAAGGUGCCCCAGGGUUCCCAAGUGGGCCUCCCCAAGCCUGGGUUCAGCCCAAGGCAGGAGCUGGGGAGCCAGCCUCUGGGGAAGCUCCGGUUGUGCCGCGUGGGGAGGUCAGGGGGCACCUACCAGGCCGUGGCUGAGAUCCCCCUGCUAUCUCAGCCCCCAAAGAAAUAAAGGCCAGGACCCGGGGAACCGAGCCCGGGGCCGAAGGACAAGGCGCGCCCGCGUGUUCUCUCUCUCUUUAAUUUCGGUUUCUCUCAAGCUUCCAAACGGUGCUCAGGGCUCCAAGGAAAGAAUGAAGGAAGGAAAGGGGAGGGGGGGGGGGGAGGGGGGCAGAGGAGGAACAUCUGGAAAAAAAGCAGCCCGACAGUCCAGCUGUUUGCAAACUCAUUGCACAUCCUCCAGUUACAUGGC